ACAAAAAAAAGGUUCAAUACCGAGAACAUUAUACCGACAACAUGUCCUCGGUAUAGACAUUUCAUAUGCGCGGGACAUUUUCGCGGUUCUGAAUAGGUUUAGUUGCUAUACCGAGGACCUAUACCGAGAACAUGUUCUCGGUAUAGGGUUUAUAAAUAUCACACUCAGCCGCGAAGCCCCUUCUCCUUCCUCUCUGGUUUCUCUGGGUUUUCUCCGAAACCUCCGCCUCCCUCCGCCGAUUAUAGUCGUUUUCCUCCAUAAAAGCUCGGUUUUAAGCCCCAAAAUUGCCAAGGGUGAAGGAAUUUCUGUGUAUUUGUUGAAGGUAUGGUUUAUUUAUUCAUUUUAUAUAUAUAUAUAUUUAUGAAAUUGUAUAAUGAUAUUUUCUAAUUUUUGUUUGAAGGUUGGGUAUUCGGUUUUUGUUGGAUUAUAGGGAUUGCUAGCAAGAUAUUGAAGGCAUUGUGCUACAUUCAUACAAUGUCGAUCGACAAGAGUUGGAUUAAUUUGACAGAUCGAUUAUCCGAUGAGUAUGAGGCUGGUGUGAUGGAUUUUCUCCAGAGAGCCCGGCAGUGCGUUGACUCAAGGGGAUUGGUGAAAUGUCCGUGUAGGAGGUGUGUCAACGUUGAAUUUCAGACAAUUGAUGUAUUAGAAAAUCAUCUUUUUGUAAAUGGUUUUCUACGGAAAUAUACCAAUUGGCAUUGGCAUGGAGAGGAUGAAAUAAUACCAAUGAGAGCUCGGAUAGAUCAAAAUGAUGAAGAUGAGAUGAUGGAUGUUCUCACUGAUCUUAUGCAAAAUGACAAUGACGAACAAGCGGAGAAUGAGCGCGGUCAAGAGAUACCUACAACUGACUACAGGAGUGGGCAACAUUAUAACGAUUUGUUUGCUGAGAUCGAGGCUCCAUUAUUCCCCGGAACAUAUAAAGAGAUCGGAGAGUACAGCUCAAAUUUCUCAAGAGAGCUCGGAUUACUUGUUCGACAGUACACAGAUCCGGACUGUCCUCAAUGGUCAAAAGUACCAAAUGCCUCGAAAGAAAGAAUACUUGCACAUUUGGAAGAUGAUUUGUUUGAUAUUGGGCGUACUAGAUAUGGAGAAGGGCAUAUGCCUGGGAUCUUGAGAGGCAUUGAUACUUCGUGUGCUAAAAAGUAUUCUGACUGGAAGUACGAUAUUAAAGAGCACUUAACGAUUAAUGGGCCACAAAAUCGUUAUGGUGGUUGCACGGAUACGCAGUGGCAAAAAGCAAUUGAUUUUUUCCGUCGCCCAGAAAUUACGAAACGUUCUGUGGUCAACAAGGAAAAUAGAAAGAAAUUGAAAGAGCUUAGCUAUGGAGGUUCUCAGUCAAUCCCAGCCUUACGCUAUAAAAAGCGCAAUUUAGAGACUGGGCAACUUGAGUCCAUCCCGGAUAGCUGGAUGGAUACUCACCAUAAAUCAGGCACAGGGUGGGUGACAGAGACAGCAAAAAAUACUUGGGAGGAAUUGCGUGCAUACCGCGACACACAGCAGACACAGGCAACUGAUACUGAGAGUUCCACACCAGUUUCGAGUGCGCCUGAAGAUGAAGACAUAUCUUUGGUACAAAAUGUCUUCGGAAAACGACGGGGCCACCAGAAAGGAUAUGGACGUAUCCUUAACAUAAGGGACCGAACUCCAUUUGAUUUUCGUCCUUCACAAACUAGAGAUGAAGAGUUGUCUGAGAUGAGAGAGCGUCUUCGACAGUUAGAGGAGCAUGUCCGGACUCAUUGUAUCACCCCGGGAUCUCAAUCUGCCCCACCACCACCACCCGAUGAUCCUGAUGUUGGAGCACCGACUCAGUAGGACUUAUGUAUGAAUUUUAUUACAAUUGACUAUUACAUUAUCAUGUUUAAGACAAGUCUUUAUUUUAAUUCAACGAAUACACUCUUAUGUUUUUUUUUAUAUCUUUAAUAUAAGUGUUUUAAUUUUA